AACCUUCAAAUUAUCAAAAGUUAAGUGUCACAACAAAACUUGGAUAAUAAGAACAAUAUUAACUUUCCUGUUAAAAGCAGUUAUCAGUGUUUAUCCGAUUGAAAUUUAGGCCAGGUGUGUUUCAGAUUUUCAGCAUUUCCAGGCACUUACCAUGUCGUCUUAUCAAGAUGAUGAAGAAGGUGUCCCCUUUGAUAGUCAGGCAGGCUCGUUUCCCAAAGAAUUCGGAUAUGGAGCCUUUGAUAAUGAGCAAGACUCGAAUCCUGCAGACCACAAGCCCAGAAUUCUGCUUAUGGGGCUUAGAAGGUCUGGAAAGUCAUCUAUUCAAAAGGUGGUUUUUCAUAAAAUGUCCCCAAAUGAAACUCUGUUCCUCGAAAGCACAAACAAAAUAAUAAAAGACGACAUCAACAAUUCCAGCUUUGUUCAGUUUCAAAUUUGGGACUUCCCCGGACAAAUUGAUUUUGUCGAUACCUGUUUUGAUUUUGAUAUGAUUUUUGGCGGAUGUGGAGCUUUAGUAUUUGUCAUUGAUGCACAGGAUGAUUAUUUGGAAGCGUUAAAUAAGCUGAAUCGUUUUGUGACUAAAGCCUACAAAGUUAAUCCGAAUAUAAAGUUCGAGGUUUUUAUCCAUAAAGUAGAUGGGUUGGGAGAUGAUUCAAAAAUGGAGUGUCAAAGAGAUAUUCAUCAAAGAGCAAUGGAUGACUUGAGCGAUUCAGGAUAUGACCAACAAAUCCAUUUAAGCUUUCAUCUGACUUCAAUUUACGAUCACUCUAUAUUUGAGGCAUUCUCAAAAGUGGUGCAAAAGUUGAUUACUCAGCUACCAGCUCUAGAAAACCUCCUCAAUAUUUUAAAUACUAAUUCAGCUAUAGAAAAAUCGUUUUUGUUCGAUGUAGUCUCAAAAAUCUAUAUAGCUACGGAUUCCACACCAGUCGACAUGCAGAGUUAUGAGCUGUGCUGUGAUAUGAUUGACGUCGUCACAGAUUUGUCCUCAAUUUAUGGAGUUAAAGAAGAGCAAGAACCAACAGCUUUCGAUGAACAGAGCUCAAGCCUGAUUAAAUUGAACAACGGAACUGUUCUCUAUCUGAGAGAAGUGAAUAAAUUCCUGGCCCUCGUUUGCAUCUUAAGAGAGGACAAUUUCGACCACAAAGGCAUAAUCGAUUACAACUUUCUGUGCUUCCGCAAUGCCAUCCAGCAAGUGUUCGAGUUGAGGAAUAAGAAUCAAUCCCCCGUAAAUAACUCAAUUGGCAGCCCACCAGUAAACGGAGGAAUUAUUAUAGGGGACAAUCAUCUCAGUCCAACAUUAACAGAAGAUCCACCAUUGGGGUAGAUGUUGAAUAUAGACUAUGCAGAAAGGAAAAGUGUCUGAUAAGGGCCUAUUUUUUUAAAGCUGGUGGCGACAAUGUUAAAGUUGAACUUGUAAUUUGUUUUUUAAUUAGUACUCAUAUUGUACAUAUUAAUUAUUUACGAAAAAAAUUGAAUAUUGCAUAAGUGUAAAUUAUUAUGAAACGGACUUUUCGCUUACCAUUUAUACCUCUAUUUUUUAAACUACUGGCCUGAGAGUUUAUAGAAUGAUUUUUAGUGCCCAGAAAAUUGUUCUGUUCAAUCCAUCUAUCUAUUUAAAAACAGUAAAAUUUUCGUUCAACUAGGCCAAAGGUAGAAACAAUACACUUAGUUUUUUAACUUACUGACUAACUAAAUAGUCUUAAAGGUCAGAGAUCAGGUUAAAGAUCAGAGACUUUGCAGAUUGUCUUAGUUGUUUUGCACUUUUACAUUUUAACACUAAUUCUAAACUGAAUGUUUUCUAUUGACUACUAAGAUUUUGAGGCAAAUUUUUAUAAGAUCAAAUUAAAUUUAUUAAUUUUUAUGCAACGUGCCAAAGUUUUAUUGUGUAUGAAAGCGGUGACCUGGGAUAGGGGGUAAAUGACGCGUUUUGCAACGGUUUUUUCCCGAUUAAAAUUUUUGCUGAUACAAAUGAAUGCCCUAGACUGCAGCUUUAGUAUUUUAUAGCUUCUUUUAAAGAAUUCUAAUAUGUACAAACGCCGGUUUUUAUGUAUUACGUUAAUCCUAUUUCAUAUAUCUGUUCCGUAAGAAAAUGUUUUAAUGUAUACAUAAUUUGUUGUAUACAUUAGAAAAAUGUGCCAUCAGUAUAGUAAGUUUCAGAAACAUUAUUUUGUUUAAACGAAAGUGAUUUAAGCUAUGCUUUACUUCCAAUAAUCUGUCGAAAUGGGACACUUACUUGCUCUUAAGUUAUUUAUAUUAAGUAUAAUGGUAAUUAUGUUUAGCGUUUAAAUAAAUUGUAUUUUUUCCAAA